UGUUAUUCAUAUAUUGAAGCAGCAAACGGUUCUGAAGUUCUUGUAUUCGCUGUUGGAAAGUGAUGAGCGACGUUGAGGUUGCGCCGCCCAUAAACGAUCCAGCAGAAAACCUUCCCAAAUACUGUGACUUCUUCAAAUAUUUGCUUGUUGAGGAGCUGGUGCUGGAACCCGAUUACCGACAGAUCCAUUACGGAAAGUGUGCCGUCAUUGGACGCCUUUGUGCCAUUCCGGAUAAUUUUAAACUGGAAAACGUGUCGAUACCACACCUGCCAAGUGUAUACAAGCUGCCUACUGGCGCUGUGUCCCUGCUCCUACUGAACUUCAGCUACGAGAACAGCUGCACAGGAAGUCUGGCUAACGGAGCGUACUGUAUUAUGCGUGGCGAGAUUGUGCUAUGCAACGUGCAAAAGCCGAAUAGCCCCACUUUGACCACACGGGGUUUACACGAGCAAUUGCUCCGAUUGGACGACAGCGGCAAAGAGAGGUCCACGUUAUUAGAGAACGUGCAGAAAACUCACAAGCCUGCGCUGUACGUAUGGCACUCAAGUCGGAUUAACCAGGCCGAGGAGUUAAUUCAACGUCGACUUGAGAUUCGUGUGCUGUGCAAAUAGACAGAUAUCAAGAAGAGCCAAUGAAAUGCAUUCUCAUUUUCUGACCACGUCACGAAGCAAUCCUCAAUUUUAUACAUUCUCUCAAGUGUUUGACCGGCAAUCGGCAAACUUGGAUCCUCUGUGGAAAGAGGAGUUACAGCAAUCGGCUUGGCUCAGUUUCUGGGAACGCGAAGGCUACGAGUUUCUGGAGGAGAAGUGGCACAAACAAUAUCCGGAAUAUAAGGAGGCAAUCGAGUUAGCCACUGCCGAGGAACAAGCAGCUUGGCAAGAGUUGUGGAUAAAACACGCCCACGAUCAACGCGCACAUUUUUGGCACAUCUUUUCAUGUGUCUUGGAGAAUUACGAACGGGACUUGCAUAAUGGUUUGCAAGAUGUUGGUCAAAUCUUGAGCGAUAUAGACGAUCAGUUUUCGUAUUUAGAAAUACAUCAAACCGACGCCAGUACAGCAAGUACUGAAUGCAGCGAGGCGGAUCAGGAAUACCUAAACAAUAACGACGAUCAAGAGUCUCUUGGCGAGGAGCAGCAGCUAAAACUGCUCGGAUUACCCACAUCAUUUGGUGCAAGGAGUACAAACGACCGACGAAAGCCAAAGCAGCAACUACCAAGUGAAUCUGAGAGUGAGAGCGACUCCAAUCGUUUAAGCAUGUCCAAUCAAAAGGAUGAAAUUCAGCUUGACGUCAAGUCGCGAGCAAUUAAGAAAACAAAGCGACAAAAAAACUCAAAAAUCCCCCAAUUCAUGCGAGAUGAUAACCUUUUGCUUAAGUAUUGGUUCAAGCGCUUCUCGCUUUUUUCACGCUUUGAUCAGGGCAUUCUCUUGGAUCGCGAAAGCUGGUUCUCAGUGACUCCAGAGAAGAUUGCCAAGCAGACGGCUAGACGUCUCGCCAGCGACGUCAUUGUGGAUGCAUUUUGCGGCUGUGGCGGCAAUGCCAUACAAUUCGCCAACACCUGUGGCCGCGUGAUUGCCAUCGACAUUGACUUAAAGAAAUUGGCAAUGGCCAGACAGAAUGCGGCUAUUUAUGGUGUGGCCCAUAAGAUUGACUUUGUGCAUGCGGACUUUUUGCAGUUUGCCCGCACCACACGUUUGCGACCCGAUGCGAUUUUUCUGAGCCCACCCUGGGGUGGACCGGACUAUCAGAAACAGCAAACUUUUGAUAUUGAAGAGAAUUUGUUGCCGCUGGGCGCGAGUCCCUUGAUGGAGCAUGCACGACGGCUAACGGAGAACAUUGGAUUCUUUUUGCCACGCAGCUCCAACAUUAAGCAGGUUAUUGCGCUCACGCAUGCGGGUGAGCAGUGCGAGGUGGAGCACAACUAUUUGGAUACGCGUCUGGUAGCAAUCACAGCCUACUAUGGCAAGAGCUUGGUCAAGAAACAACGGCAGAAGGCUGAUAAAUGACUGUCAGCAUAAAUUUGGGGUAAAUUUUAAUACGUUGGAUUAAAUCGUGUUACAUAUAGCAAAAGAAGCUAAUGUCGAUCAGUUGUACUACUCAAUUAGUAAUUUCUAUUUUUUUUUAAUUUAAUGAGUCUUAGAUUUAAGUAUGUAAAUAGACUUUACUUACAUAAAUUAAGCACAUUGUUCACUUUUUGUGAUUAGACAUAAUUAUAGUUUUUAUACGUUGGAUUAAACUGUUCGUGGCUCUUUCAAAGGUCUUAAAUUCUAUUGUAACCGCAUUGAUAACAAUUUGACUGUGCGACUGCUGCGACUCUUUCUGGCAAAUCCCGCUUUGUUGAUGCACCAUUCUGCUCGCACAACAGUUGCCAAGUCACCGGGCAGAGCGUAAGGACUUUAUCCAAUUUAGACAGCUUAAACAUGCUGCUCUCUCUCCCUCUCUCUCUCUCCCUCUCUCUCUCUCGCUCUCUCCGUGUCCUGUGCAGCCCCGCUCAGUUUGUGUGUGGUAAGAUUGCAGUGACCAGUGGUCAUAACCGUAACGCCCCUCCUCUCCAUUGGUCCGAAUGUGACUUUUAAUUAAAAACGCAAACGGAACUAAACGGGCGUCUAUUUUUAAGAACUUUGUGAAACAACUCUAAGCCUGGCAACCGUGCGGGGGCAAUUAACAUGUUCCAUGUCACAAAAGUUUCACAUAAAUUCCAGCGUAGACC